GCAUCAACAAUUCACAAGUAAACAGUGAACGCCAAGGAUAAGGACAAAAAAAAAGAGGACUUGCCUGCUUGCACAAACGCUUCAUGAAUUUCAUGACCGCCACUUUGUUCCACUCCUCUUUUUUUCUUUUUUCUAAUUAAUGACAUCCUACAUACAUGGUGAGAAAGCUACCUAAUCCUGUCUUUGCAUUUUUUAUGCGAUUGAUUUGCGAUAGGGUAGAUACCCGAAAGUGCUUUCUAUUGUCGUUGUUUGCUUCUUCAUCUACGUGCAUGGAGCUCGGACGUUGCGCUGUUUGACAUCUGCCUUCCAAAGUUCUUUUCUCUUCUGUCAACGGUACGUACGUCACUUUAUAUCCAUUAUAAUCUGUCUCCCCUGGUCCGUCUUAUAUGAGCUUUGGGACUUGGCAGAGUCUUUUUUUCUUUCUUUUUUUACCUCACAACUUUUCGUCCCAUAUCUUUUUUUAUGAUACCUGUCCUUCUUAUCACCCUCACUCCCCCUUCAAUGUAACGAUGGCAAUAACCUAAUCUAUAAUAGCGACAGCACCUUUUACGACGUCACGAUCCUUAAUGGCCUUUCCAAGAUACCCUCGCUUUUCACCUACGUAUUCUUUAUAAUCCUAAGUCUUCUAUUUUCUCAACUGUAUUCCACGUCAACCUUCCUUUUGGUCGCGAUUCCAACAGGUUUACCGCCUGGCGGGUAGACCGUCGUCGCGAUGGAUCAACCUCCUCCGCCGCCGCCGCCGCAUGGCAACAUUCCCCGUCCCCCGAAUCCUAACCUACCACCUGGCAAAUAUGACAUAUUCAUCAUACCGCCGCACUCUUCGGGAUCGGGGUUUCUCUACCUCCCUUCCUUGAAGCCGAAUCUGAACAGCUUUGCCGCGGGAUUCGCUAGUGCUCUGGUCCUGGUUGUUCUAGGUCAGACCAUGGCACCGGUAUUCCAUGUGUGGUGGGGUGGUUUCCAAGGAAUGGGGAAUAUGGGCAUGUUGUUAUUGGUGAUCGCAGUUGGGGUUGGAGCAUGGUCUCUGGGAAGAACGCAACAAGGUGGCGGUCCAGCGCCGGGGGGGAAUAACGGAAAUUCUUGGGGAUAUGGUCCCGGAACAGGAGGCUACCCGGGCGGCCCGAACCCAACCCCCGGACCAGCCCCCAACGAUGAUACUCCUCCGCCUCCUCCACCUCACGCCUCACCGCCACCGCCUCCUCGUCAUGGGCAAACACCUGGGACGCCGGGUGGAGAGCGCCCUAAACAGUCAUGGCAACAACAUCAUGCGCGAGGUAAGGGACCGGAAGAUGCACCGCCGGAACCACCCCCGGAGCCUCGACGACGACCACCGCAGCAACCACCACAGGAACCAGCGCGUGAGCAACCGCGAGAGCAACCGCGAGAACAGCCGCGAGAGUCGCCACGGGAACCGAAGCGAGAGCCAAAACGACAGCCGAAAAGACAGCCACACCCAGAGCCGCGACCUGAGUCACCUCGCGAACCACACCAGGCUCGAUCUCCGGAACCUCCAAAAGAGGCCCCUCAGGAGCCUCCCAAGCCAAAGUCGAAGCCAAAGCCUAGGGAUCUACCUAGGGAAGCUCCCAAGGAAGCUCCCAAAGAAGUUCUCAAAGAAGCUCCCAGGGAAGUCCCUCGAGAAGUACCCAAGGAAGCCCCUAAAGAGGUUCGCAAAGAAGUCCUGAAGGAACCUUCCAAGGAAUCCCCGAAGAAGCCAUCUAGAGGGCCCAAAGAGGCUCCCUCAGAACCCCCCAAAGAGACCCCAAGGGAGCCCCCUAAAGAGACUCCUAGAGAAACUCCUAGGGAAACCCCUAGUGAGAUCCCUAGAGAGACCCCUCAAGAGCCUCCUAAAGACCCCCCUAGAGAACCUCCCAAAGAGCCUUCUAGGGACCCUCCCAAAGGGGCGUGGGAAAAGGCCAGAGAAGAGACACGACGAAAGGAAGAGGAACGUAAAGCUAGAGAGGAGGAGCAAAAAGUCAAGGAAGCUGAAAGGCGCAAAAAGGAAGAGUUGGCGAAACGUCUAAAGGAACUGCGUGAAAAGGAUGCUCGUGAGAAGGCCAAACGUCAGCAAGAAGCGAAGGAGAAGCAGGAACGCGAGGCUCGCGAAAAGGAAGAACGAGAAAGAGAGCAGCGUGAAAGGGAGCAGCAAGAAAAAGAGCGACGCGAAAAGGAGCUACGAGAGGCCAGAAUAAGAGAAGCGAGGGAACGUAUCCUGCACGAGCGGUUGAACCAGGAGAGGGCUCUAAGGGAGAAGCUUGAGAGAGAAGUUAAGGAAAAGGAAGAGAUCCGAAUCAAGGAGGCAAUUGAAGCGGCUAGGCUGAAGGCAAUAGCAGAGGAGGCUCGAUUAAGAGAAGAAGAAGCUGCUACGUUAAGAGCAAAGCUGAAAGAAGCAGAGGCUGCCAUGCAGAGAGAAGCAGAAGCUGCUGCUAAGCUGAGAGAAGCAGAGGCUGCUAAGCGGAAAGAAGAAGAGGCGGCUAGGGAAAGAGAAGCCGAGAGACAGCGAGAGGCCGAAAGACAGAGGGAAGCUGAAAGGCUGAGGGAAUUGGAGGCGGCCAGACAAAGGGAGCAGGCUGCUAGGUUGAGAGAGGCCGAAGAAGCCAGGGUAAGGGAAGCGGAAGCAGCCAGACUGAGGGAAGCUGAGAGUAGGCGAGGGGCAUAUGCUUACUCGUCGGUCGGGGAGAAGACAAACCCUUGGCCAAAUGGAAAGCCACCAGUUAGGCCUCCAUCCCCUGCUAGGUCAAGUCCCGCCCAGCCAAGUUCUCCUAGACCAAGCCCCAGUACUACAUCCAGCAGGCCCAGCAGUACUUCUACCAAACGACCGCCUCCAGCGGCCAGUGCAACAUCAAAGACUUCGAGCGGCGUUAGUGAAGAAACUUACUCGUUCCGACCAUACGACCAGCCUAAGAGUCAUGCUCGAAGAAGAUCGGGCGAGACAACUUUCACAGAGUCAUCUUACGCGCCAUCCCAUUCAACGGCGAGGACAACACCUCCGCCCUCUGAGCAUCCGCCUUAUCAGACCAAUGACCCAGACAAGAUCGUUAUCAAGGCCGUUUAUAGCUUCCUGAACCAAUUCUCUAAAACCCCAGCUUCUCAACUCAUUAAUGGUAUAGCACCAGUCACAGACGGUUUGAUCCUUCGCAUCUCGUCAGCCGGUAUGUUCAUUGAUGAUGAUGUUCGUAACGAGCCGCAACGAGAUUGGGACGUCAAAGCCUGGACACUCAAGACGAUGGAAAUAUGGUGUCCGGCGCAUUGCGUUGCCGAGUCUAAUAUCACUCCCAAAGCACCACCGCCUAGGGGUCGAUUCCGAUCUUCAAUUCGUGGUGACCCGAAAACCCUAACAGGUGAAGAUGCCGAGACGUGUGUUGACGAACUUCUGCAUUCAUGCGGGGACAUUUGCCGCCAUGCAGCCCAUAGGAGACGGGAUGCAGCGUCGUCAAAUAUUAGCAGCUCACGGCGCAACGGCCUCCAUAUCCUUCGCGCCACGAUUCGGGACCAAGAUGGGAGAAGGCACUUGUUCAUCAUCGACGAGGAAGAGGGUUGGAAAGUUGCGCAGGGCCUGCGAAAGCUCUUCCAGGGCACUCAACAUAGGCAACUGGGUAUCCAAUGCAUGUCGAAGACAGAAGCACAAGGUAUUCUCAACAUGUUUGGAUGGUGAUUCCCGGCAGCAUCGAUUCAGCUCCAAGUAUUUAUGGGAUAUCCUACGGGCGUGCGUAACUAAGCAGACGCUGGAAUGUGAAAGAUUUGCAGCAUUCCACCGAUACCCCAUCUCCACACUAGUCUAAUUACCUACCAUGCCUCUGGCGUGGGCCUCGAUUAUUUACUUUUGUUAUGCAUGGCGAUGCGCGCGGUGUGGCGUACAUAGGGGGGUGAAUAAGUGAAUUUGGAAAGCAUCACAAUUCAUGUCGGUUGAACAAAAGGGUCUGCAUGUAGAGUUGGAAAUUGCCACCAGUUGGUCAGAUAGCCCUGAAUAUACCACCACUGUAAAACACGAG